UAUGGUGGCAGCCGAUAGUCGACUAGCAAGAUAGUUGCAUAACUCGAAGAGCUGUGUUUAAAUAUUUUUAAUGCAAUUUUAUAUUGUAAGGUUGAGGAAACUAUUUGAGAAGUGGCCGGGAAAACGAAUAUUCCGUGAGUAUCGAUUUCUGCCGAUAUUUUUCUUCUUGGGAGCGGCCUUGGAAUACUCUAUGAUCAACUGGCAUGUGGGAGAGGUUAACUUUUACAAGACGUAUAAACGUCGAAGAAUAAACGAAUUAGUGGAGGAGAGACUACAGCAGGAGGCCUAAAUUUACACAAAUUUUCUACUGGGACUUUGACGUAUAAUGCCAGCUGGGUUGUCCUGGCCACGCUAUAUCAUGUUCUGUACAACAACAUUGGUUACAAUGCUAGCCGGCGCACAGUGUGUUCAUCAAAUCUACAAACCGCUCGGCGAUCUGGAAGAUCUCGUCGAACAAGAGUUAAAGGAGAGACGGAAGAAGCUACAGAAGAAAUAAUAUCAGAAGAAUGUACUAGUGUAUAAUAAAUAAUUGUUCUUAU